ACCUUUGCUCCACUUCUCGCCGAGGAGGCGCACACACACACACACACACACACACACGCAGUUUCUCGCUGUCCUCCUUCGUGGCUCGUAAAAAGGGGCUGGACCACAGGAAAGGGGAAAAAGAGAAAGCAAAAACAAUUUUGACAGGAUGAACAACAGUUUCUUAAACAUGGCGUCGACAGGCGACUUCGACCCGCUCAACGCGUCUAUUCCGGCCACCAAAGUUGAAAUCACAGUGUCCUGCAGAAACCUGCUGGACAGGGACACCUUCUCCAAGUCAGACCCAAUUUGUGUUCUAUACACACAAGGCAUGGGCAACAAGGAGUGGAGAGAGUUUGGAAGAACUGAGGUGAUUGACAACACGCUAAACCCAGACUUUGUUCGGAAAUUCAUUUUGGACUACUUCUUUGAAGAGCGACAGAACCUUCGAUUUGACUUGUAUGAUGUUGACUCGAAGAGUGCCAACCUAUCAAAACACGAUUUUCUGGGCCAGGCCCACUGCACACUCGGAGAGGUGGUUGGAUCAUUGGGCAGUCGCUUAGAAAAACCUCUUGGAGGGAUCCAAGGGAAGAAAUGUGGGACCAUUAUUGUGAAAGCCGAGGAGCUGAACAACUGCAGGGAAUCGGUGAUGAUGCAGUUCUGUGGGAACAAGCUGGACAAAAAGGAUUUCUUCGGCAAAUCCGACCCCUUCCUCGUCUUCCACAGGAGCAAUGAGGACGGCACGUUUACCAUCUGCCAUAAGACAGAGGUAGUGAAGAAUACACUGAACCCAGUAUGGCAGGCCUUUAAGAUCCCUGUUCGGGCUCUUUGCAACGGUGAUUAUGACAGAACUAUCAAGGUGGAAGUGUACGACUGGGACAGAGAUGGCAGCCAUGACUUUAUUGGAGAGUUCAGCACCAGCUACAGAGAACUGUCCAGAGGGCAGAGCCAGUUCAAUGUCUAUGAGGUGGUAAAUCCAAAGAAGAAAGGGAAGAAGAAAAAAUACCUUAACUCUGGAACGGUAACGCUGCUGUCAUUCCUGGUGGACAUUGAAGUCACCUUCCUGGACUACAUCAAAGGAGGGACCCAAAUUAACUUCACUGUGGCCAUUGAUUUCACAGCUUCCAAUGGUAACCCAGCCCAGCCCACCUCCCUCCACUACAUGAGUCCCUACCAGCUGAAUGCCUACGCCAUGGCCCUGAAGGCAGUAGGGGAAAUCAUCCAGGACUACGACAGCGAUAAGAUGUUUCCCGCGCUGGGGUUCGGAGCCAAGCUGCCACCUGACGGACGGAUCUCCCAUGAGUUUGCCUUGAACGGGAACCCUCAGAACCCGUACUGUGCAGGCAUUGAAGGUGUGAUGGAAGCCUACUACCAGAGUCUGAAGUCAGUUCAGCUCUACGGACCCACCAACUUCUCCCCCGUCAUCAACCAUGUGGCCAGGUAUGCAGCUUCAGUGAAGGACGGCUCCCAGUACUUUGUGCUCCUCAUCAUCACAGAUGGCGUCAUCUCAGACAUGGCCCAGACCAAGGAGUCAAUUGUCAACGCCUCCUGUCUGCCAAUGUCGAUCAUCAUCGUGGGGGUUGGACCUGCCGAAUUUGAUGCCAUGGUUGAGUUGGACGGCGAUGAAAUUAGAAUCUCAUCCAGAGGAAGAUACGCUGAGAGGGACAUUGUUCAGUUUGUCCCAUUUAGGGACUACAUCGACCGGACGGGGAACCACAUCCUGAGCAUGGCUCGACUCGCCAAAGACGUCUUGGCCGAGAUUCCUGACCAGUUCCUCUCCUACAUGAGGACCCGCGGGAUCAAGCCAUUGCCAGCACCCCCUCCAUACACCCCGCCGGCACAACCCCUCCAAACCCAGAUAUGAGUAGCCGGAAGGAGAAAGGUUUUGGAGUCGGGGGUUAGCUGAACUUUACUUGCGAAAUACUUCCAUUUCCCUAAAGCCGCUCUCCGUGCCUCGUCGACGUGGAUCACGGUGGGUUUUCUCGUGUUCAGGAAGUUGCAUGUCAGGCGAGGAGGGUGUCGCUUUUGAGGACAGGAGAAGCCAAUGAGAGUCUGUUUACUUCCACUGUCAAGCAUUCCUGUUACUGUCUGGAUUUUUUUUUUUUUUUUUUUGCCUGGGAAACCUGGGCAGGCUUUGGAGAGUGUUUGGAGAGCAUGAAUUCAAGCUGGGAAGAGAAGAAGUGCUGAAGAAAGAAAAAGGAAGAAGAAAUGAGGGACAACUCUCGGGAAACAUUGUAAAGAGAAUGUCUCCAGACAAAACAAAGGAAUCUUGAUCUUAAAUGAACCUUUUCUGUAAAUAACUGGACUGAUGUAACUUCUUCUGUCUCUCUCUUUCUAUCUCUCUCCAACUCACUCAUUGUUUACAGUAAACUCUAACAAGGAUUUUUACUGUUGAUACUUUUAUAUACACAUAGUUUCAAUAUGAAGCUUGGAAUAUUCUCUCUCUUUCUCUUACUCUCUCUCUCACUCUCUCUCUUACUCUCACUCGCCCUCUCUUUCUGUCUCUCCUGGCAUGUGUGUCAGGUAGCAGCAGUGCAGGUCCUGGUAGCCCUUCUGUACCGUACUGUACCGUGCUGUACUGUACCGUACCGUACUGUAUUCUGGUGUUUGUAUUAACCUUUUGCAUGAGUGUAGCCUCAGUCAAGUGCAUGCAUAUAGUGGCCCUGCACUACCUCUUCUACUCAUCUGUCUGUCUGUCUCUCUGACUGUUGGGGGUGAGUGUCUGUCAGCCCGUAUCUCCAUUUGUCACUACACCCUGUCUGUCUGUCUGCACUGCUCUCAGGCCUGAGAAGUCUGUCUUACUUCUACAGCUUUUCUCUCUCUCUCUCUCUCUGUCUCUCUCUCUCUGUCUCUCUCCUUUCUUACAUGUCUUUUUCUCUUUCACUGGCUGUGUUUCCAUCCGACUUUUCUUUGCAAGUUAUAAAAGACGAGCUGAACAGAAAGUGCAGCGUUUUUAUGUUCAUCAGGAGAGAGAUGGCUUUUAUAAAUGGUUCACAUUCACUGUUUAAAGUUACAUCUGAAAUUUAAAAUAUCUGUACCAGCCUUUUUUUCAACAUCAUGGGUUCAACUUUAAUUUGGCCACUGCUUUGAUUUAUGACCAAAAACUAACGACAUUCCCAUCAGUCUUUGUGUUCCGUGCUAAUUGGGAAUUGUUAGCAUGCUAAGGUACUAGACUAUGAUGGUGAGCAUGAUAAACAUGGUAUGUGCUAAAUAUCAGCAUGGUAACAUUGUUGUAAGCAUGCUAAUGUUAGCAUUUAGCUCAGAACAGCUUAUACAGCUGCUAACAUUGCUGUAGACUCUUCUUGUGGUUUUUUAAAGUAUGGUCAACAUUAGCAUCAGUAUUUAAUAAUAAAUAUCUUAGUUUCUUACACAGAAAUGCCAGUUUGUUUGCUCGAAGCAAGUUGUUGAAGGUUUAAAUGGUGCAAUGUUGAAGGGUUUUUAUUCGUAUUUUUGCACAGUAUGUAUUUGACUUCUUGGUGGAAGCAUAGCUACUUUAUCUCUCUCUCUCUCUCUCUCUAAGUCUCUGUCUCUGUCCUCCUCCAAACUGCCUUGGCAAUAGGAUGCCACAUGUCCAGGGGUUUCGUCUCAUUGUGUUGUCUAACACCACAUCCCUGCCCCAUGUUUAAAACGACAGCAGCUGCUCUCAAACAAAAAGCUGUUUGAGCAUAAAGAGCCCAGUGGUCAAAAAUGCAGAGAAAAACACACUUUCCCUAUGUUGGCUUUUUGUUCCUUUUUUUUUUAAUUAUUAUUGUACCUUUAGCUUUGAUAUAGCUUUUUAUAUGUUAGUUUUUAUGAUGUGUAUUUGUAUGUGCCAGUCAUGUGGAAAAGAAUGAUUUGUGUGACUCCCGUCCAACAGAUUUCUAGUUUAACAUCAAGCGAGGAUGAGAGUUUCUGUUUUUUUGUCACAGUUGUGGAAGGAUUGUUCGGUGUUGUGAUGGAAGUGUGUUUCAAGGAUGAGUGAAAAUGUUAAACAUGAAUGAGAGUUUGUGUGAAACAACUACAUCGUUCAAAACAACAUUAGAUGAAAUGAUUAAGUCUUAAAAAUAAUGUGGAACAUUUGAACAGUUACUGGACAGUGAGCGAAUUACAUGGCUUUUGUUGUGUAGACACUUGGAAGUAGUCUUAAAUAAGUUAUGGUGAAGCAGAGCAUAAUUAUGACAAGCAUUUAUAUAUAGUAGGUCUGAUGUUUCCAGAUGUCACAGUUCAUUUCUACACAUUUGCCUAUCAGAUAAAACCAGACUGUCAGUAUGUGAUUACGCAGCAGACAGUGUAAUGUUCUUUAUAUUGUCUGUUUACUUUACAAACAAUUUAAGUGUUCUAAAUCUUGAUAAUACAAAUGAUUACAUUGAUAAUCAUUAAUCCAGUAUUUUCUUGAUACACAACAACAGUUCACUUUCCAUACUUGAACUUAAUCAAUAUAUGUAAUUUAUGGAUAUGAAUUACUCUGCUGACUUGCUCUGAUGUCUUACAAAACUUUUGAGACUUUUGAAUGAAACCAGCCCAGCACCAUUUACUAGCUGACAUUAGUACUGUGGCUCAGACUUUGACCACAGUACACUGGUAGUAGUGUGGUAUGACCAGUUGUUAUUUGUUUCUUUGUCAUAAUGUUAAAGGGUUUAUUCAUGUUAUACUGAAUUCUUCUGAAUUCCUGCACAAAGUUACGCAUAGGAAAAUGUCCAGCUAACAUCACACAGUCUGUGCUUUCCUCCCUUUUCAUAAUCAUCAAAUUCUUUAAAGUGAUGUGAAAAGAUUCAAUUUUCACUUCAUAUUUCAAUCCAUAUUUUCGAUAAAUAUGCUCUCUUUCAUAAUCUUUUCUAAACUCUGAUUAUUUCCAACCAAAAAGUCUGCUCGUAGCUCUGCAAAGUAACAUUGUUGAAGACUUCAUGGUAGAGUGCUUGAACAUGAUUACUUGUAAAUUACAUUUUUUGUUUUGAAUAUCCAUUGCUGCCUUGUCUAGUUGCUUGAUAUUCCUAGAUUCAUCUCUUUAAUUCUCCCGUAUUGCGACUGUAGCACAGUGCCAAUAUGGUUGAACUAACUGUCUGACUGUGUGUGUGUUUGCUUAGCCUUUGCCGUCACACUCCUGCAGCCUCCCACUGUUUUCAAAGCCUAGCUGGACACAUCAUUAGGACUGCAGGUCAAAAUAAGGAGCUCAUUACUGCCUCAGCAGAUAUACUGUAAAACUCACAUCUGCCAAACUGUUGGAGAUCUAACAUGGUGGGUUCAGAGCUGGAUUUAUUGUAGCUUUUGUUGAUUGAAAAUGCAGAGAAGAGAUAUUUGUGGAAGGUGAGGAUACCUGCUUGGAGUCGGCUCAGCGUUUGAUGUUAGUCUUUUGUUACAAUUUAGCAGGCAUCCCUUUCAGUACAGACGCAUUUCUGUAUGAGAAGAUAAAAUUAAGUGUUGUGCAGCAGCCAUUGUGGACUUCAGUGACAACUACAGUGUAAUUUUCGAGGAAAACUAUGGUUUCUUACAGCUUCAAUUUUAUUUUUGUUGCCUCUGCUAUAUAUUAUUGCUAAAAUUGUACACAAGUUGAGAAGAGUUAAACUGACUCAGUAAUUCCAGUCAUGCAGCAAUAUAAGUAAACUACCGGUCAUACCAGACCAAGUAAAGCUGAAGUGGCAGACCCCUGAGUGUAGUGCAAAGAGUUUGUUUUUUAAAUUGUUCAUGAAUUCACGUUUUCAUUUGUAAAAGGAAGAGUGUGUCAUCAUCUCUGUUGUAUUUCUUGACAUUUUUUACUCGAUAAUUGGCUGGUCAGAUUCAAAACCAGGAUGUUCUUGUAGUAUGUACACCGUGUAUAUGGUGCCCAUAUCAAUGUCAUGCCAUCUGAACAGAUAACUACCUCCUGUCUUGAGUCACUUGUUCUUCUGCAGAUCCUGUCAGGGUAGUAAAAUGCAUCUCUUACUUAAUGUCAUUGACUUUACAUAAAGACAGAUGACUUAACUGCUCCUCAAAAGUGUAGCCAAAACAUCUUGAUCUACCACUGGUGGGUGGCUGCAGCAUUGGUCAUAAAGACAGUGGCCAAACUAAAACUCAAAGGAUUCCCAAAGAUGGUUUUUGUCACGUUAGGUAGUUCUUAUCAUUCAGCCGGUACUGCACAGGCUCUGGCUCCAAAUGACGUCACCAGCUCAAAAUGGCAACACUCUUAUCCAAGAUAUAUUGGCUUCAUAUUUGUACAGAGGGAGGAGGUGGAUACACAAAUAUUACAGAAUUUAUAGCAGUUCAAUAUUUUACUGUGAAAUCAAAAAAUCUGAAUUUAUGGAUUUGAAAUACCCACAACUUAAAUGUAUUGUCCAAACAACUAUAUUCAAGCUGCUUGAAAUUGAUUGAUUAUUCCUGAUCUAAAAAUUAAAACUAAAUCAGGUUAUUUGACAUGACCUUCAAAGAGGGGAAUUCAACCCACUUUAACUCACAUGGAUGGGUUUCAAAUUAAAAUAUUUCACUGACAUGGUUGAUGUCAGUCAGUUGAUUACAUUUUAAGUUUUUGGCCUUUGUUUGCUUCCAUACCCAGAAACACAAACAUAUACACAUUAUUGCCAUAGUCAUUGGUGCCAGUUUUCAUUAUUAUUCUUAGUAUUGUUAUGAGCUCACUAACUUUGCAAAGCCCCAUAAAAGUGUGAGUAGAGUGUGUGUAUGUGUAUGUGUGUGGGUCUGUGUGUGCAUGAAUGUGUUUGAUAUAAAUAUAUUCUGCGUGUGUGUGUGAGCGCGUGUCUGUGUGGCACCUUUAUGAGUGUGUUUUAAUAGACCAUGUGAGGUGUUAAGACACAUAAGAUCUUUGUUUACUAAAACUAUCCAAAUAAUAUAUUGUAUGCUUGUCAUAUCUUCUUAAUAAUGUGCACUAUGUUUGCAUGUACAGUUUUACAAAGGAUGCACCGGUUCCUUUUGUUAAAAACUGAGUGUUUUGAAAUAUAAAACUCUAUAUGAAAUUUAACUGUACAAAAUGGCCUUAAAUCUUUCACUGAUUUUCUUGGAAUUGUGCGAUGCCUUCUUCAGAAAAACGAAUUGUUUAAAGGAAUUAAUCGUUAUCUAUUUUGUGUCAGUGUUUUUAUUGCUUUCUAGUGUAUUUUCUUUGCACAAGUUCAAUUAUGGAAAAAAAAUGAUCUUGUACUUUUUUGAAACCGUGAUUAAUCAGAGAAAGCAUGGCUGAAGUCCUGAUUGUCUGAUAAUACAUAUAAUAGAAGACUAUUUCUGUAUCGAACUAUUGAUUUUUAAAUAAAUAUUCAUAUUAAACACAAAACUUGCUGGA